AUGGCCAUUUUCUUUGGGGACACCCUUCCUCAAGAAUUUUUACUUCUUUAUCGCAUGAGGAAUUCCAUCCAGGACCUAUGUCACCCCCUCGCACUUGUGGGAGCGGCUUGUGAGCUUGAGCGUGACAGGUCAAUAAAACGCGAGGUCCGUCCCUUGGAGUCACAAUACAUGGAGCGACAAGACUUCGUUGCUCAAAUUGCGAAUGACGAUUUGGCAGCAGCAAUGCAGAAAGAACAGGUAGCGGACCUGCUCACCUUGCAUUUGAAAUGCAGCUUUCUGAUUGUGAAUCUGGAAGCGUCUAAGCGUCAAAUGAACAGAAUCAUGGAGCAACCGAUAGAGCUGCGAGCCAGCGACACAAUGACAGAUGUUCUAAGGAAGAAAGGCCUCUUUUGGAAUGGAGCCUGUGGAGAUUCGGGGCGUGACAACGACUCUAUCAUACCGGAACUUCACACUGAAAAAAGGUUAUACCAACGUCUCGUCCAAAUAUCAGACGAAUUUGACCAUAAGAUUGACAAUUGUCGACAAUCAAUGGAAGAUACGAUGGUGACCACACAAUUGAUGCUUAGUCGCGCUGCCCUCGGCGACACUCGAGUAACUACUGAGUUGUCGGUCGCAAUGAAGGAAGACAGCUCGCAAAUGCGGUGGAUAGCAUUCUUAACCAUGAUCUACCUACCGCUGACGAGUGUAGCAACCGUCUUCUCGCUGAACGUCUUCAAUUGA